CUAGUUCUCAGAUGGAUUUAAGCAUUCAGGUAACUGAUGACGAUGUUAAUGAAAUAAUUCAAAUAGAUGGAACUGGUGAUACAUCUUCCAAUGAAGAAGUAGGAAGUAUAAGAGAUGUAGAUGAGAAUGAAUUUCUAGGGAUUAUUGACACAGGAGAUAUAAAGGUGCUUGAAGAAGAAGCUGACAGUGUAUCAAAUGAAGAUUCAAAUGCAAACAGUAGUGAUAAUGACGACCCUCAAGUGGAUAUUGUGGAAGAGGAUCCUUUAAAUUCAGGAGAUGAUGUUAGUGAGCAGGAUGUGCCAGACCUGUUUGACACGGAUAAUGUAAUUGUCUGUCAGUAUGAUAAGAUUCAUCGAAGCAAGAACAGAUGGAAAUUCUAUUUGAAAGAUGGUAUUAUGUGCUUUGGAGGGAGAGACUAUGUAUUUGCAAAAGCCAUUGGUGAUGCAGAGUGGUAAACUUAUAAGCUCAGUAUGUCAGUUUUGUAGACAUCAGUGGGAAUAAAGUGCAUAUUGUGAAACUUACUUUAAAUAUAAUCCUUCACUGAGCUGCACAGAUUUUUAAGUUCACUAUAUGGAAUUUAAUAAAAUUUAAUUCUUAUGCAGAUACAAGUA